AGCGCACCGAAGUUAACCGACGAGCCGUAGUCCGGAGAAAAUAGAGAAUGAGAAGCUGAACCUAAAUAAUAAUUAAUUUGUUUGUGUUUAUGUCAUGAUAACCUGUAAUUAAAUAGAUACAAUUAUGUAUAAGUUAUAAUAUCUGAUCUUUUUGACAUAGAAUACAAUUUUUUUGGUUUCUGGUUGAGUUGCCAAGAAUCAUAAUAAUCCAUGGGAUUAACGCUUUCUUCGUGAAACAUUCUUUAUUGUUUUAUUUUUUCAAUAUUUUCUUACUAUUUUGUGAUACAGCUAAUCAUGCGGACUUAUUCACGCAAAAAAGUUGAUUAUCAAGUUAUAGAAGGAGUAGAAGAUUUGUGCCGACUUUGCCUGGAGAAAUGUGAUGGAGUUAUUCCAAUUUUCACUGAUAGCUCUGACGUGCGCGCCCCCCUGCCUAUGAGAAUUAUGAUAUGUGUUGGACUUGAGAUGGUUCGUGAAGACUGUCUUCCAAAUAUGAUUUGCCAAACUUGUUAUGCAGAGCUCAACAGAUGUUACACAUUCCGGAAAAAGUGUGAAGCCACAUAUCAAAAGCUGAAAGCUCACGUGUUGGCCGUAAAAGCUCUGGAAUUUAAGAAGCAAGAGGAAAAAAAGAAUUUUGAACAACAAAAACAGGAAUUCUUAGGGAAUGAAAAAGAGAUGCGCUUGCAAAAUGGUUCGGUUGAAGGGAAGUUAGUGUUGUCAUUGACCGAGAACAACCAAUUAGAGUUGGUUGAUGAUGGGUUGAACGGAGUUUUACAUGCUCCUGAGAGACAAGAUGAUCUACACAAGCAAUUUUUAGAAUCUAGUAGAGAAAUGCUAUCCCAAAAUUCGGACCGCAAUGAUCAGACGCAAGACAUUUUAACAGGGCAAAACCAAGAGACAAAUCAUUCUGACAUGUCCCUCAUGUUAUCCGGCAUCCUGAUCCGUCUGGGUAUUCUUAACCAAAAAGGGGAGCUCCUGGAGGUAGUGGAACAGGGCUUCCCGGAUCUAGAGCUGGAGGCCGAGAACGGAGAGAAGGUGACCCUGGAGCUGAUUGAAGAAGAUGACAGUGAUCCAACCCACAAUCAAUUAGAAACGACUUCCACUCAAGUGGUGGAAGUGACGAAGACUCGACACCCAAAGGACUUUGAGCUUGAGCUGAAGAUGGCUAGCCAAUCACAGUCCAAGAGAUCACCAACCAAAAAUAAAUGUGACAAGUCGGAAGUAGCGAAAGAGCGCGGCGCGUGGUGCGCGACGUGCGACAAGUGGCUGUCGUCGCGCUCGGCGCUGGCGCGGCACGCGCGCGCGCACUCGGCGGCGCGGCCGCACGCCUGCGAGCAGUGCGGCCGCGCCUUCGCGCAGCGCUGCGUGCUCGCGCGCCACCGGCUCGUGCACUCCGCCGUGCGGCCGUUCCCGUGCGGCGCGUGCGCGCGCAGCUUCACGCAGCGCGCCGCGCUGGCCGCGCACGCGCGCUCGCACGCGCCCGCCGCCGCGCGCACGCUGCGCCUGCACCGCUGCGGCUCCUGUCCCAAGGUCUUCCUCUACGCCUCGGGUCUGAGCCGCCACUUGGCGGUGCACGAAGGGCGAGUGUACACUUGCGACUUGUGCUCCAGAGACUUCACCGACAAGAGCGCCCUCACGCGGCAUCUUAAGUCGGCCGACCAUCGCGGGAAGGACAAGUGAUAGUGAAUACUUACAUAGUGUGCGAUAUGUAGGAUACUGUUAUAGAAAAUUGUGACAAAUGUAAAUAAAUAUAUAUAUAUAUUAUAAUAUGCCGUGUGGUUCCCGGCAUCAAUACAAAAAAGAAUAGGACCACUCCAUCUCGUUCCCAUGGAUGUCGUAAAAGGCGACUAAGGCUUAUAAACUUGGGAUUCUUUUAGGCGAUGGGCUAGCAACCCGUCACUAUUUGAAUCUCAAUUCUAUCAUUAAGCCAAACAGCUGAACGUGGCCUAUCAGUCUUUUCAAGACUGUUGGCUCUGUCUACCCCGUAAGGGAUAAAGACGUGAUCAUAUGUAUGUAUGUAUGUAUAUAUAUAUACGGGACAAAUUACACAGAUUGAGUUAGCCUCGAAGUAAGCUCGAGACUUGUGUUACGAGAUACUAACUCGGCGAUUCUAUAUUUUUUUUAUUAAUACUUAUAUAGAUAAACAUCUAAGGCCCAGGCCAAUCAGAAAAAGUUCUUUACUCAUCAUGCCCUGGCCGGGAUUCGAACCCGGGACCUCCGGUGUCACAGACAAGCGUACGACUGCUGCGCCACAGAGGCCGGAAAUUCAUAUAGAGAAGUGUGUGAAAUACACAUGUGGUUCCCGACACUGUCGACCACUCAGUUUCUUUCACAUGGAUAUCGGAAAAGGAGAUUAAAGGAAACUAAACUUGGGAUUCUUCUCCUUUGUUAACACACUCCAUGAUGUAGUCUUACUUACUCUUUGUGAUAUCCACCAUGGUGACAGUAGGUACAUAUUGUUAAAUAUAUACUAAUAUUACAAAGCUGAAGAGUUUGUUUGUUUGUUUGAACGCGCUUAUCUCAGGAAAAUGGUUAAAAGGUUCGAAUUGAAAAAUUCUUUUUGUGUUGAAUAGACCAUUUUUCGAGGAGAGCUUUAGGCUAUAAUAACAUCACGCUGCAACUAUUAGGAGCGAAGAAAUAAUGGAAAAUGUAAAAAAAACGGGGAAAAUUAUUCAUCCUUGAUCAUUGAAGCCCAAUGAUGCCCAAAAUAACUAUUCCGCGGGCACAGCUAGUGAUUCAUAAUGUGAAUACAUUAAAAUGUUUUAAUAUGUUUAUUAGAAGUAGACCAGUAGAUUUCUUUUUCAUUGAUCAAUUCAUAAUUAUUCUAUGGAACAAUUUAUUAUUUAGAUACAUCUAUGAAAAUGUUUUGUUCUUAUUAAAUAAUUUAAGGUCUGCACAAAUAAAUGGCUGAUAUUUGUAUGAAAUUCUUUCUCCUGUAGCUUAAGAUCCACCAAAAAUGGCAUGGGGGAAAUAAAAUGAAAAAUAAUAUAGGAAAAUAUAUAACAGGUUAUGAAUAAAA